AUGUUCCUGCUUUCGAAGCUGCUGAAGGCAGGUUCGACUGAGAGCAAGAUUGGCCACGCCCCGGACAUUGAAGCGAAGCUCGUGUCCUUGGGCGCCAUCGGUGCGGCUGAGACUGGACUCGCUGGACAGUCCGAGUUCCUCAGCUUGGGCGACUUGGGCGCCAUCGGUCCGGCUGACACUGGACAGUCCGAUGCCGCGCUUGCUCUGAACGAUGACGAUGAUGAUGAGCAGGCCAAUUGCAUUGCCCGUGCAACGCCGGCGGCAGCCGCUGCUCGGAGUGAAGCUGAUGACAUCGAAGAAGUCGAAGUUGACGUUGUGGCAGAUCUGACUUCUCAGUUUCCCAAUGCGAUAAUUGUUCAUGGGCUCAAGCAUGUGGCGGACGGAGCCCUUGGCCUUACCCUUCAAUCGAUGAACUUGUACUUGGAAUGCAUUUCAGGGGGGCGGGGACAUUGCCAGUUCAUUGCAAUGCCAAUGCCAGCAUAG